AUGACAACCCCCAAACUUAAAACCACAAUCGCAAUCCUCGGCUGCGGAGACGUCGGCUCAACCCUAGCCUACACCCUAAUCCUCCAACCCAUCUGCUCGGAAGUAAUCCUCGUCGACCUCAAAGCCUCCCUCUUGGAAGCCCAAGUUCGCGACCUAAAUGAUGCAACCUACCGCGGCGGCUCUGGCGUAAAAGUCCGAGCAGGCACGCACAAAGACGCCGGCCAGGCCGACAUUGUCGUCAUCACCGCAGGCGCGAAACAAAAGUCCGGAGAAUCACGCCUCUCGCUGUUAUCCCGGAAUUUGCACAUUCUGGAGAGUAUCUUUGGAGCCAUGGCGCCGAUUAGUCCGCAUACGAUCCUGCUACUUGUGGCGAACCCAGUGGACAUAUUGACGUAUUUUGCAAGGAGGUUAUCAGGGCUGCCAGAGAGUCAGGUGUUGGGGACGGGGACAAGUUUGGACUCUGCGAGGCUGAGGGGUGUGUUGGCGGACAAGGCGGAGGUGGCGCCAAAUAGUAUCGAUGCAUAUGUGCUUGGGGAGCAUGGCGAUAGUCAGUUUAUCGCGUGGUCAAGCGCUACUAUCGGCACAACACCACUCGCCCUUGCUCUCCCACCAAACACGCUAACUUCGGAGUUCAAGAACCAAAUCUCGUCUCAUACUCGCGGAGCAGCUGGUGCCAUCAUUGCGGCUAAAGGCUGCACUGCGUACGGUAUAGGAAAUAUUGCAGCUAGUAUCUGCAAGUACAUAUUGUUCGACUCACGAUCCGUUCGACCCUUGUCCUUCUAUCAACCUGAGUUGGGCUGCUGUUUGUCAAUGCCAGCAGUGGUGGGCCGAAAGGGUAUUAUCAAAUCGAUGCCUAUUCAGCUCGACGAAGAAGAGAGAGCGCAGUUGGAGGCUUGCGCCAAGGGACUGAGGGGCGUGAUUGAGGGCGCGGAGAAGGAGUUGAGCGCUGAUCGCGAGCUGGAGAAGGCUUUGGCAAGCGACAAGGGAACUUGA